UUAUUAUUUAACAAAACAGCUUCUUUGUCUGCAGCCUCUCUCUCUCUCUCUUUCUCCUCCGGGUCGCAGUGGCAAUGGGAGAAGUUGCUGUCUUUGUUGAGACUAACUUGGGAACCCGAAUCGCCAUGACGGUGCCUCUCGAUAUCACAUCACCCGAUUUCAUGAGAAAACUUGAGGAAACACAUGCAAGUUGCCUUUCCAGCUUAGGGGAGAUACGAGUUCAUGCUCUCAUGGUUCAAAGAAAGUCUCACUUGUAUUACCUUGCUCAAUCUGUGCCUAUAAAGUACAUCUUCCGGGAUAACCAUUCUAAGCCCUGGUUUAUCCACGCAGAAGCUACACUUGUUAGCAGAUCACAAGAGCCACGCAUAUCCAACUGCUUUGGUAAAUCUCAAAUUGGACAUUGCUCCGGUUCUAAUAAAUCCCCUCAAGGAGGAGUAGUUGGGCUGAUCCAUGGUGUAAACAAGAAGACUAAGAAGAGAGAGUUUGUUGGUUCUGAAACCAUAGUAAGAUCUUCAUUGUCAACCGCAACAGCUGCUGACUUGAACUCGAAAUGUUUCAUACCAAAAACGCCGGAGAGGGAAACUGGAGAGACUGCGAGUAAAAAAAGUGAAACAUUAAGCAAUAAGCUAAUUGUGGCUGCAAACAACAUCAGAAUGCAAGGAAUGUCUAGAAUGUCUUGUUCACUAUCAUCAUCUAUUUUCAGAAGCAAGAAUCGGAGAAAGAGAUGCAUAGAUGCUAAGACACUCGCUUCUCUUGCAAAGUUUAUGGUCUUUGAGAUACCUGAUACCGAGGAUUGAGUCACCAAAAGCGAGGGAGAGAUACUUUGGACAAAGAAGAUAUGGCUACAUUUCUUCAGUUUGUCACCGGAACAUCAAAGAAGGUUUCAGGUUUGCUUGAACAAAUCUUACCUUCAGAACCAGUGAAAACCCAUCAAUCCGACUUCUCUGUAUAUGCAUGUAAGCUUCAUACUUGUACAUCCUCUUUAGAUUUUAUCCGUCCAUAGGAUCUUUUGGUAAUGACUGAAGAAUGAAAAAAAAAAACAUCGGAGAGGCUACUUUUAUCUGUCAUAUAUGUUAGACUAUUAUUAGGAGUUA